AUGACAACGCUACUUCAAGAAAGAGAUUUUCUAUUCAGCACAAUCCAGGAGCAGUAUGCAACACGAACAGAUUUCUCGGAAAUACCGGCCAGCAGGGCCAUUCCAGAGCUGAAAGCAAAGUUCGCCUUCACCAACACUACACGUCAAAGAUUUCUUGUGUUGCAUCACGACAUCAGCAAGAAGAAAUUAGACGAUGAUCAGAGGCAAGCAGAAGAGAUUCUUCUGCAGGAUUUCUUGAGAAUGUGCAAUGUAAUUGACAUGAAAAUCAAUGAGGUUAUGUACCAGUAUCAGUACCAAGAAGCAGCAGAACAGAAGCAAAAGCCAGAAUUAUCAGCAGCUGAAGGCAAUUCUACACUUGCACAUAUUCUCGAGACAGUGUUGGAGAAACAGACAAAGAAUAUUCAGGAUAUUGUUGGUGCUCACAAACUAGAGAUCGAGACCAUGAGCAAUGUUCUCGAAAAGCAGACAGCAAUCAAACACAAGAGGUACAAAUUGCCGCCACUGGAGAUUCCAUUGGAGAAGUUGUCAGGGAAACUCACCGAGUGGACAAAAUUCCGUGAUUUGUACAUGAGCAACAUUCACAACAGGGAUGAUCUUGAACCAGUCGAAAAAUUCCAAUAUCUGGCAUCCUAUUUGACAGGGGAAGCAGCCUCAUACAUCAAGAAUAUUCCAGCGACAGAUGCAAAUUAUCAAGAUGCUUGGGAGAGGCUGGUCAGAUCGUAUAACAAGCCGAAAAAUAUCGCAUUCGAUCACAUUAGAGCAUACAUUGAACAGUCUAAGAAGGUCGUCAGCAAUCCUGAAGAAUUGAAAACAUUAUUUGUCACCAUUGAAGAGACGCAUUUGACACUGAAACCAGAAAUCAGUGAACCAAUCUCAGGAGUCCUUCCUACUUUCGAUGAAUUCACGGAGUUUAUCGAGAAACGAUAUGAUUCAUGGAUAUCUUGCUGGGAGAAAAAGCAAGAAAGCAAAUUAGCAAAGCCAAUUCCCGGAAAACAGUCAAAACCACCAGGGUUUAAGGGAUUUGGAUCUCAACAGAAUCAGAAGACAAUACCAGGGCUCCGAUUGUCAGAAUGUCGUGGAGGAACCUGUAGGCAAUGUCAGAUGAAGCUCAACACACUCAUCCAUGAGGCCUUUGCACAGAAGCCAAGGGAUCAUGUGACACAGAAGCCAUCAGAAACAGAUAAGCAGUCAGAAGAGUCGCAAUCAUCAGCAACACAAAGGAAUUUACCAACAGGAACAUCAUCCACUGGACUGGUAAACCACACAGUCAUGGCUUCACAGAGUUCAACACUCAGUCUACUACCAUUAGCUCAGAUUUUGGUCAAGGAUCAUGAAGAAAGGCAGCACCUGUGUCGAGCAUUAUUGGAUUCAUGUUCACAGUCAAACAUGAUCACUCGCAACAUGGCUUCAUUUCUCAAUUUGCCCGCCAGAGUGUCUACAAUCGGAGCAAUCAAGGGUAUUGGAGCCAUGUCAGCUGGCACACCACAGGAGCUAACAGCAGAGAUUUCAUCCAGAGACAAUGCAGUUUCAAUGGAGCUAGAUUUUCUGGUGCUAUAUCAUAUUAUGGAUGAUCAGCCAGUUUCAACAGCCAAUGUGACUCAUCUGAUUCCAACGAAUGUAUUUUUGGCCGACCCAGAAUUCUACAAACCAGGAAGAAUUGACAUGCUGUUGGGUACAGAUGUAUUUAUGAAAAUCUUGCGCAGUCUUCAGAUUGCGGGAUCUCCCACAUUCCAAGAGACAGUAUUUGAAUACGUUGCAGCGGGAGUUUACGGAGCAAAAGGUCCCUUGGAAAUUGCAAACAGUUUCAUUUCAACAUGUUCCUGUUCUGGAGAUGAACUGAAGUCACUCAAUGAGCAGAUCGAGAAGUUUGUCAAUGCGGAAAAGCUACAGAAAUCUCAAGGAGUUCUGACAGCAGAGGAGAAUAGGUGCGAGGAGCAUUUUGUUCUCAACACCACACGCACUGAGACAGGAAGAUUCGUCUGUGGCAUUCCCACUACAGAUGACUUACACACUUUGGGUGAAUCCAAGGAACAGGCCAUGAAGCAGUUUCUCUGUGGAGAAAAACAACGAUUGAGAAAACCAGAGUUGAAUAAGCAGUAUGUAGAAUUCAUGCAAAACUACAGAGAUUCCAAUCACAUGAGAUUGCAGCCACCAGGGUAUCAAUCAUCAAAGCCAGAGGUGUUUUUACCACACCAUCUAGUGUUCAAGGAAUCCAGCACCACACCAGUGAGAGUGAUAUUCAAUGCAUCAAAGAAGACAAGUAAAUUCUCACCAGAUGUUUUGAUGGUCGGACCGAAAGUGCAGGAUGAUAUUUUCGAUAUCAUGAUUCGAAGCCGAGAGGACAGAAUUCUCAUGAAGGCAGAUUUGAAGCAGAUGUUCAGGCACAUAGACAUUCGGGAUGAAGAUCAAAGUCUACAGAAGAUCUUCUGGAGAGAUACCCCGAGUGAACCAGUUCAGAUUUAUUUGCUGAGGACGGUAACAUAUGGUACAGCCAGGUGCAUCAAGCAAUUGUCAAUUGAUGGAAAACAGCAGUUUCCUUUAGCAGCAUCGGUGGUCGAGAAAGACACUUACAUGGACGAUGUAAUCACCAGCAUUGGAAGCAUCCAAGAAGCAAUUGAGUUCCAGAAACUGUUGGAUGGUCUAUUCAAAAGUGGAGGAUUCUUUCUCAGGAAGUGGUGUUCAAAUGCCCCGGAAGUUCUGGAAAGGAUACCGGAAGAAGAUAGAGAGAUACAAGGUUCUCUCGACAUGGGCUUCGAAGGCAGUGUCAAAGCCCUUGGCAUUGCGUGGAAUCCUGCCACAGAUCUCUACAGCUAUGAGGCCAGGGAGUUCAAUUCAGUGGUCACGAAGAGAAACAUUUUGUCAGAUACAGCGAGGAUUUAUGACCCACUUGGAUUGCUUGCACCACUGACAGUGACAGCGAAAAUCCUCCUCCAGUCUCUCUGGCAGCUGAAGGCGGAUUGGGACACAGAAUUGGACGAAAGUAUUCAAGCUCAGUGGAAACAGUAUCAGGAGAAUGUUGUCAAUGUCACAACCCAGCUGACCAUGCCAAGAGAGAUUACUGACUUACCAGUUGUAAUGACUCAAGUGCAAUUGAUAGGUUUCAGUGAUACGUCAGAAAAGGCAAUAGCAGCAUGUGUGUAUGCUUCCACCAUUGACAGUGAUGGCAGAGUGAGCUCACGACUAUACGCAGCAAAAAAAACAAAGGUUUCACCAGUGAAUAAAAUAACAAUUGCUCGAUUGGAAUUGUGUGCAGCAGCAUUAUUGGCAAAACUCAUCAGGAGAGUAAAGGACGCGAUCAAGAGAGAUGUCACAGAGAUUCAUGCCUUCUCAGAUUCGACGAUUGUCUUGUGUUGGAUAGCAAAGGAUCCAUCGCAUUGGAAGACAUUCGUGGCAAAUCGUGUCUCAUACAUUCAGAAUAGCAUUCCAACUGCAAAAUGGCAUCAUGUCAUUUCACAAGAGAAUCCAGCGGAUUUAGCAUUACGGGGAGUUUCAGCAGCUGAACUUAUUCACAGCCGUUUGUGGUGGACAGGACCACCAUGGAUGACAGAAUAUGAGAUGACACUUCGAUCAGCAGAUGAAGAUGUUGCAGGAGCAGAAGCUGAGAUUCGCAAAGGUGUUACACUUGUCAAUACAGCAGAGUUUUGGGAGUUUAUCUAUCGAUAUUUGUCCUACACGAAAAUCAUCAGAUACGUCGCAUUAUGGAAGCGAUAUAUUCACAAUCUGCAGGCCAAGAAGAAGCAGACAGAUCCCAUCACAGGAAGUUUGACACCAGUUGUGCUAGAGACAGCCGCAUGUACAGUUCUGAGACAUGUUCAACAACAGAUGUUCACCGAGGACUGUGAUGCACUCGAGAGGAAGGUGGAGACCUCAGAGAAAUCUCGCCUUUUUCGCCUGAACCCAUUUCUAGACAGCAAUGGGCUUGUCAGAGUUGGUGGACGAAUACGUCGAGCUCACAUUCAGUAUGACCAGAAGCACCCGAUUUUACUGCCACAGAAUCAUCACAUAACCAAACUUAUCGCAGAAGAAGCUCACCAGGAAACUCUUCGUGGGGAAACACAGCUGAUGCUGGCACAUAUACGACAGAAGGUCUGGCCCAUAAGAGGAAUUGAUUUGUGCAAGAGGACCGUUAAGAAGUGUGUCACCUGCUUCCGAGUGAAACCGAAACCUACCGAACACUACAUGAGUGAUUAUCACUCAGCCAGGGUUAAUGCAGUUCAUCCAUUCUACCAGACAGGGAUAGACUACUGUGGUCCAGUAUACAUCAAAACACCAGUGCGUUCCAGAGUAGUGCUCAAGAUGUACAUAGCACUAUUUACAUGUCUCGCGACACGUGCAAUUCAUCUAGAGUUGGUCACGGAUCUCACGACUCAGGCGUUCAUCGCAGCCAUGAAAAGAUUUAUGGCACGUCGUGGGAAACCCAACGAAAUUCUUUGCGACAAUGCGACAACGUUCGUUGGGCCAGACAGAGAGAUACGGCAGGUAUCCGAACUGAUGUCUUCAGAGGAACACCAGACCAGAGUGAUUGAUUCCGCCUCCAGAGAGGGAAUCACUUUCAAGUUCAUACCACCGCGCAGCCCACACUUUGGAGGAGCGUGGGAAUCCUUGAUUAAGAGAGUGAAGUUUCAUCUUUGCAGAGCAGCAGGAGAUUCUCAUCUCACCCAGGAAGAGAUGUUAACACUUUUAGCCCAGAUUGAAGCGUGUGUAAACUCGCGUCCAUUGACUACAAUUUCAUCAGAUCCUGCUGACCUGGAAGCAUUAACACCCGGACAUUUUCUGAUCGGACGAGCUCUUACUUCACUACCAGAACCAAACCUCACUAAUGUGUCCGAGGGAAGAUUGAAGCAUUGGAAGUCAGUGCAACAGCGUGUGCAGUUUUUCUGGCACUGUUUCGGCUCCGUUCAGCUAGAGAGCCGAAGCAAGAGGAAGAGGAUAGUCCGAAUCCGGUCAGACUAUUCCCUUGCUCUGAUAAGAAUAUUCUUGGGAAUUUCUGGGGAAUUCGUUCUCCUUUCGGACUGA